CCCGCCAGGUGCCUGUAAGAAAUUAAAACAACCAGCAAUUCAACUUGAGAUGUUAUCAAGACAACGUUUCGAGGAAUAAACCAGCCUUAAUCCGACUUCUUUUCCGGGAAACGCUGGUUUUUGGCUCAGGCGUAAAGCGGACGAUGCACCACCACAGCCACAUUUGUGUUGUUCUGUUGAGUUUGUACUAUGGUGGAUGUCUCUCUGGUGUGUCCGCGUGCAAACAAGAGCCAGAGACUCCCGACUGGAGGAUGACUCUGAAAACAAUCCGGAACGGAAUACACAAGAUUGACACGUACCUGAACGCAGCACUGGAUUUGUUUGGUGGCGAUGACGGCUUGUGUCAUUAUAAGUGUAGUGAUGGCUACAAGCCGGCACCUCGUCCCGGAUACAAGAACCCACCACCUAAUGGAUGUGGCUCCCCCCUGUUUGGCUUUCAGUUUGACAUUGGAAUCCCAUCCAUGACCAAAUGUUGUAACCAGCACGACCGCUGCUAUGACACCUGCGGCCGCGAGAAGCACGACUGCGAUGAGCAGUUCCACGACUGUCUUGAGACCAUCUGCAGGAAUGUGCAAAGAACUCUGGGAUUGGCGUUGAGUGUCCAAGCGUGUGAGUCAGCAAUGACUCUGCUGUUUGACGCCGUCAUGCACAUGGGAUGUAAGCCGUACCUGGACAGCCAGAGAGACGCUUGUGUGUGUCAGUAUGAACUGAAGAAGGAGCUGUGAUGUCACCACAACAUCAAGACUGGAAAGGACGGAGACAACGCACAACACUGACAGAAGGACGCCAGCAAUAAAGUUUUCUUUCAGAUUUCCUCGGGGAUAGAGCGUCUUCGGCUUGCACUGACUUGUGUCAACCCCCUCUUUAUUAGAGUUUAGAAAUGUAGACAUCCAUUAGACAAAGUGAAUGUGAAAAUACUUUGUGGAUGUUUAAUAUCUAUAUGUAUGCAGUUAAUUAUUUAUAUUUUGUUAAUAUGGUGUAACGUGUUUGUCAAUUGAUGGACUCAAUACAGGGUGAUCAGAGUUUUCCUGGCUUUUAGAUGUUUGGGUAGCAACCGACACUUUAUGGGUAAGUAAAUUCCCAAAGAAGGUUUGUGGGGAAAAAAAUUUCAAUUCUGUAAUUUGGCACUUUAUUAUUGUAAAAACAGACCAAUUUUAAUUGAGGUGUUCUUAGAAGGAAGUGUUUGUGGAGAAACAGCUUUUCAACGCUUUACAACAUACUAAAUGGCGAAGAUUAACAGUUUCAGACCUGUUGUCAUUAUUUUCCUUGUAAUAAACACCUAAUUGAUUUAGUUCCAGAAAAACAUUUAAUAAAUAAUUGAACAUAUUUAAAGCAAAAUUGCGCAGUCCCCUCUCCAAUAACUUAUAUGCAUGUGAUGAAUAAUAAGUAAAUACUGUCUGUCUUUUAGAAAAUAUCAAAUGUUUCUCACAUGGAGAAAGAGCCAGUGCAAUACUGAUGCCGAUGUGAUAACACUGUGGAAACUUUGUGUUAAACUGUCAAAUUUUUAUAAAGAAACAUGCUUCUAAUGACAA